UGGGACUGUGACCUUGAGGACUUGGGGUCAGGAUGGCUCUGGGCAGACACCUCGCCCUCCAGGGACUCUGUGUCCUCCUCCUUGGCACUGUGGUGGGUGGUCAAGAUCUGGAGGUGAGGCUGAAGGAUGGAGCCCACCGCUGUGAGGGGAGAGUGGAAGUAAAGCAUCAAGGAGAAUGGGGCACAAUGGAUGAUUUCGACUGGAGCUUGAAGGAUGCAUCUGUAGUGUGCAGACAGCUGGGGUGUGGAGCUGCUGUUGGUAUUCCUAAAGAGGCUUAUUUUGGACCAGGACUUGGUCCCAUUUGGCUUUCAUAUACUUCAUGUGAAGGGGUAGAGUCAGCUGUCAGUGAGUGUAAGCAUUCUAAUAUUAAAGACUAUCGUAGUGAUAGCUAUUCCCACAACUGGGAUGCUGGAGUAGUCUGCUCAGGAUUUGUGCGUCUGUCUGGAGGGGAUGGACCCUGCUCAGGGCGAGUAGAAGUGCACUCUGGAGAAGCCUGGAUUCCAGUGUCUGAUGGGAACUUCACACUCCCCACUGCCCAGGUCAUCUGUGCAGAGCUGGGGUGCGGCAAGGCUGUGUCUGUGCUGGGACACGUGCCCCUCAGAGAGUCCGAUGGCCGGGUCUGGGCUGAAGAGUUCAGGUGUGAGGGGCAGGAGCCUGAGCUCCGGGUCUGCCCCAGAGUGCCCUGUCCAGGGGCCAGGUGUCACCACAGUGGAGCUGCUCAGGUUGUCUGUUCAGCAUACUCGGAAGUCCGGCUCAUGAUAAACGGCUCCUCUCAGUGUGAGGGGCAGGUGGAGAUGAACAUUUCUGGACGAUGGAGAGCGCUCUGUGCCUCCCACUGGAGCCUGGCCAAUGCCAAUGUUGUCUGUCGUCAGCUCGGCUGUGGAGUCGCCAUCUCCACUCCCAGAGGACCACACUUGGUGGAAGGAGGAGAUCACAUCUUAACAUCCCGAUUUCACUGCUUGGGGGCGGAGUCCUUCCUGUGGAGUUGUCCUGUGACUGUCCUGGGUGGGCCUGACUGUUCCCAUGGCAACACGGCCUCUGUGAUCUGCUCAGGAAACCAGACUCAGGUGCUGCCUCAGUGCAACUACUCUAUGUCAGAACCAGCCGGCUCUGCGGCCUCAGUGGAGAGCGGCCCUUAUUGCUCAGACAGCAGACAGCUCCGCCUGGUGGACGGGGGCGGUCCCUGCGCCGGGAGAGUGGAGAUCCUUGACCAGGGCUCCUGGGGCACCAUCUGUGAUGACGGCUGGGACCUGGACGAUGCCCGCGUGGUGUGCAGGCAGCUGGGCUGUGGAGAAGCUUUCAAUGCCACGGGGUCUGCUCACUUCGGGGCGGGAUCAGGGCCCAUCUGGCUGGACGACCUGAAUUGCACAGGAAAGGAGUCCCAGGUGUGGAAGUGCCCUUCCCGAGGCUGGGGGCGGCAUGACUGCAGACACAAGCAGGACGCGGGGGUCAUCUGCUCAGAGUUCCUGGCCCUCAGGAUGGUGAGCGAGGUUCAGCAGUGUGCUGGGUGGCUGGAAGUUUUCUACAACGGGUCCUGGGGCAGUGUCUGCCGCAAUCCCAUGGAAGAUAUCACUGUGUCCAUGAUCUGCAGACAGCUUGGCUGUGGGGACAGUGGAACCCUCAACUCUUCUCUUGCUCUUAGAGAAGGUUCUAGACCCCGGUGGGUGGAUGGAAUCCACUGUCGGAAAACUGACACCUCUCUCUGGCAGUGUCCUUCUGACCCUUGGAAUUACACUUCAUGCUCUCCAAAGGAGGAAGCCUAUAUCUCGUGUGAAGGUGACUUACUGUCUGUUUCUGUGUGUCUGUCCCAACCCUGUAGGAUGCACAGACAGCUCCGCCUGGUGGACGGGGGCGGUCCUUGUGCCGGGAGAGUGGAGAUCCUUGACCAGGGCUCCUGGGGCACCAUCUGUGAUGGUGGCUGGGACCUGGAAGAUGCCCGCGUGGUGUGCAGACAGCUGGGCUGUGGAGAAGCCCUCGAUGCCCCUGUCUCUUCUUACUUUGGGGCGGGAUCAGGACCCAUUUGGCUGGACAACGUGAAGUGCACAGGAAAGGAGUCCCAUGUAUGGAGGUGCCCUUCCAAAGGCUGGGGGAAGCACUACUGCGAUCAUAGCAAGGAUGCAGGAGUCAUCUGUUCAGGAUUUGUGCAUCUGGCUGGAGGGGAUGGACCCUGCUCAGGGCGAGUAGAAGUGCAUUCUGGAGAAGCCUGGACCCCAGUGUCUGAUGGGAACUUCACACUCCCCACUGCCCAGGUCAUCUGUGCAGAGCUGGGGUGUGGCAAGGCUGUGUCUGUGCUGGGACAUGUGCCCUUCAGAGAGUCAGAAGGCUGGGUCUGGGCUGAAGAGUUCAGGUGUGAGGGGGAGGAGCCUAAGCUCUGGUUCUGCCCCAGAGUGCCCUGUCCAGGGGGAACGUGUCACCACAGUGGAGCUGCUCAGGUUGUCUGUUCAGUGUACACAGAAGUCCGUCUCAUGAAAAAUGGCACCUCUCAGUGUGAGGGGCAGGUGGAGAUGAAUAUUUCUGGACAAUGGAGAGCUCUCUGUGCCUCCCACUGGAGUCUGGCCAAUGCCAAUGUUGUCUGUCGUCACCUCGGCUGUGGCGUUGCCAUCUCCACCCCAAACGGAGCAGAAGGAAGUGAUCGGCUCUGGAAAGCCCGAUUUCACUGCUCAGGGGCUGAGUCCUUCCUGUGGCAAUGCCCUGUGACUGCCCUGGGUGUUCCUGGCUGUUCCCAUGGCAACACGGCCUCUGUGAUCUGCUCAGGAAACCAGACCCAGGUGCUGCCCCGGUGCAACCGCUUUGUGUCUGAACCAACAGGCUCUGCAUCCUCAGAGGAGAGCGCCCCCUACUGCUCAGACAGCAGACAGCUCCGCCUGGUGGACGGGGGCGGUCCCUGCGCCGGGAGAGUGGAGAUCCUUGAGCAGGGCUCCUGGGGCACCAUCUGUGAUGACGGCUGGGACCUGGAUGAUGCCCGCGUGGUGUGCAGGCAGCUGGGCUGUGGAGACGCCCUCAAUGCCACGGGGUCUGCUCACUUCAGGGCAGGAUCAGGGCCCAUCUGGCUGGACGACCUGAACUGCACAGGAAAGGAGUCCCACGUGUGGAGGUGCCCUUCCCGAGGCUGGGGGCGGCACCACUGCAGACACAAGGAGGACGCGGGGGUCAUCUGCUCAGAGUUCCUGGCCCUCCGGAUGGUGAGCGAGGACCAGCAGUGUCCUGGGUGGCUGGAAGUUUUCUACAACGGGACCUGGGGCAGUGUCUGCCACAGCCCCAUGAAUGGUGUCACUGUGUCCAUGAUCUGCAGACAGCUUGGCUGUGGGGACAGUGGAAGUGUCAACACCUCUGUUGGUCUCAGGGAAGGUUCUAGACCCCGGUGGGUAGAUUUAAUUCAGUGUCGGAAAACUGAUACCUCUCUCUGGCAGUGUCCUUCCAGCCCAUGGAAAUUCAGUUCAUGCUCUCCAAAGGAGGAAGCCUACAUCUCAUGUGCAGGAAGAAGACCCAAGAGCUGUCCAGCUGCUGCCCCCUGCACAGACAGAGAGAAGCUCCGGCUCAGGGGAGGAGACAGCGAGUGCUCAGGGCGGGUGGAGGUCUGGCACAGCGGCUCCUGGGGCACCGUGUGCGAUGACUCCUGGAGCCUGGCAGAGGCCGAGGUGGUGUGUCAGCAGCUGGGCUGUGGCCCGGCCCUGGAAGCCGUGCGGGCCGCGGCGUUUGGCCCUGGAAGCGGGAGCAUCUGGCUGGACGAGGUGCGGUGCGGGGGCCGGGAGUCCUCCCUGUGGGACUGUGCUGCGGAGCCCUGGGGGCAGAGCGACUGCAAGCACGAGGAGGAUGCUGGUGUGAGGUGCUCUGGUGUAAGGGCAACAUUGCCCGCGACUACAGCAGGGACCAGAACAACCUCAAAUCCUCUGCCUGGCAUCUUCUCCCUGCCUGGGGUCCUCUGCCUCAUCCUGGGAGCCCUUCUCUUCCUGGUCCUCGUCAUCCUGGUGACUCAGCUGCUCAGAUGGAGAGCAGAGCGCAGAGCCUUAUCCAGCUAUGAAGAUGCUCUUGCUGAAGCUGUGUAUGAGGAGCUCAAUUACCUUGUGACACCGAAGGAAGGUCUGGGCAGCCCAGAUCAGAGGACUGAUGUCCCUGCUGAAAAUUACAAUGAUGUUGAAGAGGUACCAGUGCCUGGAAGUCCUCCUGCCUCUCAGGGGAGUGAGGAGGAAGUGCCCCCAGGGAAGGAGGAUGGGGUGAGGUCCUCGCAGACAGGCUCUUCUCUGAACUUCUCCAGAGAGGUGGCUGGUCCUGGGGAAGGAGGAGCGAGCCCUUGGCUGCUCCAGGGGCAGAAAGAGGACCCUGGGUAUGAUGAUGUUGAAUUCAGUGCCCUGGGAACAUCCGCAUCCCAGUGGUGGGACCCAGCUCUCAGGACCACCGAAGCGGGAGGACGUGGGGUCAGGAUGGCUCUAAGCCAACACCUCUCCCUCCAGGGACUCUGUGUCCUCCUCCUCGGCACUGUGGUGGGUGGUCAAGAUCUGGAGGUGAGGCUGAAGGAUGGAGCCCACCGCUGUGAGGGGAGAGUGGAAGUAAAGCAUCAAGGAGAAUGGGGCACAGUGGUUGAUUUCGACUGGAGCUUGAAGGAUGCAUCUGUAGUGUGCAGACAGCUGGGGUGUGGAGCUGCUGUUGGUAUUCCUAAAGAAGCUUAUUUUGGACCAGGGCUUGGCCCCAUUUGGCUUUUGUAUACUUCAUGUAAAGGGGUAGAGUCAGCUGUCAGUGACUGUAAGCAUUCUAAUAUUAAAGACUAUCAUAAUGAUAGCUAUACCCAUAAAUGGGAUGCUGGAGUAGUCUGCUCAGGAUUUGUGCGUCUGGCUGGAGGGGAUGGACCCUGCUCAGGGCGAGUAGAAGUGCAUUCUGGAGAAGCCUGGACCCCAGUGUCUGAUGGGAACUUCACACUCCCCACUGCCCAGGUCAUCUGUGCAGAGCUGGGGUGCGGCAAGGCUGUGUCUGUCCUGGGACACGUGUCCUUCAGAGAGUCUGAUGGCUGGGUAUGGGCUGAAGAGUUCAGGUGUGAGGGGCAGGAGCCUGAGCUCCGGGUCUGCCCCAGAGUGCCCUGUCCAGGGGGCACGUGUCACCACCGUGGAGCUGCUCAGGUUGUCUGUUCAGCAUACUCAGAAGUCCGGCUCAUGACAAACGGCUCCUCUCAGUGUGAGGGGCAAGUGGAGAUAAACAUUUCUGGACGAUGGAGAGCGCCCUGUGCCUCCCACUGGAGUCUGGCCAAUGCCAAUGUUGUCUGUCGUCAGCUCGGCUGUGGAGUCGCCAUCUCCACCACCAGAGGACCACACUUGGUGGAAGGAGGAGAUCAGAUCUUAACAUCCGUAUUUCACUGCUCAGGGGCAGAAUUCUUCCUGUGGAGUUGCCCUGUGACUGCCCUGGGUGGACCUGACUGUUCCCAUGGCAACACGGCCUCUGUGAUCUGCUCAGGAAACCAGACUCAGGUGCUGCCUCAGUGCAACCACUCUAUGUCAGAACCAGCCGGCUCUGCGGCCUCAGUGGAGAGCGCCCCUUAUUGCUCAGACAGCAGACAGCUCCGCCUGGUGGACGGGGGCGGUCCCUGCGCCGGGAGAGUGGAGAUCCUUGACCAGGGCUCCUGGGGCACCAUCUGUGAUGACGGCUGGGACCUGGACGAUGCCCGCGUGGUGUGCAGGCAGCUGGGCUGUGGAGACGCCCUCAAUGCCACGAGGUCUGCUCACUUCGGGGCAGGGUCAGGGCCCAUCUGGCUGGACGACCUGAACUGCACUGGAAAGGAGUCCCACGUGUGGAGGUGCCCUUCCCAGGGCUGGGGGCGGCAUGACUGCAGACACAAGCAGGACGCGGGGGUCAUCUGCUCAGAGUUCCUGGCCCUCAGGAUGGUGAGCGAGGACCAGCAGUGUGCUGGGUGGCUGGAAGUUUUCUACAACGGGACCUGGGGCAGUGUCUGCCGCAACCCCAUGGAAGAUAUCACUGUGUCCGUGAUCUGCAGACAGCUUGGCUGUGGGGACAGUGGAACCCUCAACUCUUCUCUUGCUCUUAGAGAAGGUUCUAGACCCCAGUGGGUGGAUGGAAUCCACUGUCAGAAAACUGACACCUCUCUCUGGCAGUGUCCUUCUGACCCUUGGAAUUACACUUCAUGCUCUCCAGAGGAGGAAGCCUACAUCUCGUGUGAAGGUGACUUACUGUCUAUUUCUGUGUGUCUGUCCCAACCCUGUAGGAUACACAGACAGCUCCGCCUGGUGGACGGGGGCGGUCCUUGUGCCGGGAGAGUGGAGAUCCUCGACCAGGGCUCCUGGGGCACCAUCUGUGGUUACAGCUGGGACCUGGAUGAUGCCCGCGUGGUGUGCAGACAGCAGGGCUGUGGAGAAGCCCUCGAUGCCCCUGUCUCUUCCUCCUUUGGGGCGGGAUCAGGACCCAUUUGGCUGGACAACGUGAAGUGCACAGGAAAGGAGUCCCACGUGUGGAGGUGCCCUUCCCAAGGCUGGGGGAAGCACUACUGCGAUCAUAGCGAGGAUGCAGGAGUCAUCUGCUCAGGAUUUGUGCGUCUGGCUGGAGGGGAUGGACCCUGCUCAGGGCGAGUAGAAGUGCAUUCUGGAGAAGCCUGGACCCCAGUGUCUGAUGGGAACUUCACACUCCCCACUGCCCAGGUCAUCUGUGCAGAGCUGGGGUGUGGCAAGGCUGUGUCUGUGCUGGGACAUGUGCCGUUCAGAGAGUCUGAUGGCCAGGUCUGGGCUGAAGAGUUCAGGUGUGAGGGGGAGGAGCCUGAGCUCUGGUCCUGCCCCAGAGUGCCCUGUCCAGGGGGCACGUGUCAGCACAGUGGAGCUGCUCAGGUUGUCUGUUCAGUGUACACAGAAGUCCGUCUCAUGAAAAAUGGCACCUCUCAGUGUGAGGGGCGGGUGGAGAUGAAUAUUUCUGGACAAUGGAGAGCUCUCUGUGCCUCCCACUGGAGUCUGGCCAAUGCCAAUGUUGUCUGUCGUCAGCUCGGCUGUGGCGUCGCCAUCUCUACCCCAAACAGAGCAAAAGGAAGUGAUCAACUCUGGAAAGCCCGAUUUCACUGCUCAGGGGCUGAGUCCUUCCUGUGGCAAUGCCCUGUGACUGCCCUGGGUGGUCCUGACUGUUCCCAUGGCAACACAGCCUCUGUGAUCUGCUCAGGAAACCAGACCCAGGUGCUGCCCCGGUGCAACCGCUUUGUGUCUGAACCAACAGGUUCUGCAUCCUCAGAGGAGAGCGCCCCCUACUGCUCAGACAGCAGACAGCUCCGCCUGGUGGACGGGGGCGGUCCCUGCGCCGGGAGAGUGGAGAUCCUUGACCAGGGCUCCUGGGGCACCAUCUGUGAUGACGGCUGGGACCUGGAUGAUGCCCGCGUGGUGUGCAGGCAGCUGGGCUGUGGAGACGCCCUCAAUGCCACGGGGUCAGCUCACUUCGGGGCAGGAUCAGGGCCCAUCUGGCUGGACGACCUGAAUUGCACAGGAAAGGAGUCCCAUGUGUGGAGGUGCCCUUCCCGAGGCUGGGGGCGGCAUGACUGCAGACACAAGGAGGAUGCGGGGGUCGUCUGCUCAGAGUUCCUGGCCCUCAGGAUGGUCAGCGAGGACCAGCAGUGUGCUGGGUGGUUGGAAGUUUUCUACAACGGGACCUGGGGCAGUCUCUGCCACAGCCCCAUGGAUGAGGUCACCGUGUCCAUCAUCUGCAGACAGCUUGGCUGUGGGGACAGUGGAAGUCUCAACACGUCUGUUGGUCUCAGGGAAGGUUCUAGACCCCGGUGGGUAGAUUUGAUUCAGUGUCGGAAAACGGAUACAUCUCUCUGGCAGUGUCCUUCUGGCCCAUGGAAAUACAGUUCAUGCUCUCUAAAGGAGGAAGCCUACAUCUCAUGUGCAGACAGAGAGAAGCUCCGGCUCAGGGGAGGAGACAGCGAGUGCUCAGGGCGGGUGGAGGUCUGGCACAGCGGCUCCUGGGGCACCGUGUGCGAUGACUCCUGGAGCCUGGCAGAGGCCGAGGUGGUGUGUCAGCAGCUGGGCUGUGGCCCGGCCCUGGAAGCCGUGCGGGCCGCGGCGUUUGGCCCUGGAAACGGGAGCAUCUGGCUGGACGAGGUGCGGUGCGGGGGCCGGGAGUCCUCCCUGUGGGACUGUGCUGCGGAGCCCUGGGGGCAGAGUGACUGCAAGCACGAGGAGGAUGCUGGUGUGAGGUGCUCUGGAUUUGUGCGUCUGUCUGGAGGGGAUGGACCCUGCUCAGGGCGAGUAGAAGUGCACUCUGGAGAAGCCUGGAUUCCAGUGUCUGAUGGGAACUUCACACUCCCCACUGCCCAGGUCAUCUGUGCAGAGCUGGGGUGCGGCAAGGCUGUGUCUGUGCUGGGACACGUGCCCCUCAGAGAGUCCGAUGGCCGGGUCUGGGCUGAAGAGUUCAGGUGUGAGGGGCAGGAGCCUGAGCUCCGGGUCUGCCCCAGAGUGCCCUGUCCAGGGGCCAGGUGUCACCACAGUGGAGCUGCUCAGGUUGUCUGUUCAGCAUACUCGGAAGUCCGGCUCAUGAUAAACGGCUCCUCUCAGUGUGAGGGGCAGGUGGAGAUGAACAUUUCUGGACGAUGGAGAGCGCUCUGUGCCUCCCACUGGAGCCUGGCCAAUGCCAAUGUUGUCUGUCGUCAGCUCGGCUGUGGAGUCGCCAUCUCCACUCCCAGAGGACCACACUUGGUGGAAGGAGGAGAUCACAUCUUAACAUCCCGAUUUCACUGCUUGGGGGCGGAGUCCUUCCUGUGGAGUUGUCCUGUGACUGUCCUGGGUGGGCCUGACUGUUCCCAUGGCAACACGGCCUCUGUGAUCUGCUCAGGAAACCAGACUCAGGUGCUGCCUCAGUGCAACUACUCUAUGUCAGAACCAGCCGGCUCUGCGGCCUCAGUGGAGAGCGGCGCUUAUUGCUCAGACAGCAGACAGCUCCGCCUGGUGGACGGGGGCGGUCCCUGCGCCGGGAGAGUGGAGAUCCUUGAGCAGGGCUCCUGGGGCACCAUCUGUGAUGACGGCUGGGACCUGGACGAUGCCCGCGUGGUGUGCAGGCAGCUGGGCUGUGGAGAAGCUUUCAAUGCCACGGGGUCUGCUCACUUCGGGGCGGGAUCAGGGCCCAUCUGGCUGGACGACCUGAAUUGCACAGGAAAGGAGUCCCAGGUGUGGAAGUGCCCUUCCCGAGGCUGGGGGCGGCACCACUGCAGACACAAGCAGGACGCGGGGGUCAUCUGCUCAGAGUUCCUGGCCCUCAGGAUGGUGAGCGAGGUUCAGCAGUGUGCUGGGUGGCUGGAAGUUUUCUACAACGGGUCCUGGGGCAGUGUCUGCCGCAAUCCCAUGGAAGAUAUCACUGUGUCCAUGAUCUGCAGACAGCUUGGCUGUGGGGACAGUGGAACCCUCAACUCUUCUCUUGCUCUUAGAGAAGGUUCUAGACCCCGGUGGGUGGAUGGAAUCCACUGUCGGAAAACUGACACCUCUCUCUGGCAGUGUCCUUCUGACCCUUGGAAUUACACUUCAUGCUCUCCAAAGGAGGAAGCCUAUAUCUCGUGUGAAGGUAGCAGACAGCUCCGCCUGGUGGACGGGGGCGGUCCUUGUGCCGGGAGAGUGGAGAUCCUUGACCAGGGCUCCUGGGGCACCAUCUGUGAUGGUGGCUGGGACCUGGAAGAUGCCCGCGUGGUGUGCAGACAGCUGGGCUGUGGAGAAGCCCUCGAUGCCCCUGUCUCUUCUUACUUUGGGGCGGGAUCAGGACCCAUUUGGCUGGACAACGUGAAGUGCACAGGAAAGGAGUCCCAUGUAUGGAGGUGCCCUUCCAAAGGCUGGGGGAAGCACUACUGCGAUCAUAGCAAGGAUGCAGGAGUCAUCUGUUCAGGAUUUGUGCAUCUGGCUGGAGGGGAUGGACCCUGCUCAGGGCGAGUAGAAGUGCAUUCUGGAGAAGCCUGGACCCCAGUGUCUGAUGGGAACUUCACACUCCCCACUGCCCAGGUCAUCUGUGCAGAGCUGGGGUGUGGCAAGGCUGUAUCUGUCCUGGGACAUGUGCCGUUCAGAGAAUCUGAUGACCGAGUCUGGGCUGAAGAGUUCAGGUGUGAGGGGGAGGAGCCUAAGCUCUGGUCCUGCCCCAGAGUGCCCUGUCCAGGGGGCACGUGUCAGCACAGUGGAGCUGCUCAGGUUGUCUGUUCAGUGUACACAGAAGUCCGUCUCAUGAAAAAUGGCACCUCUCAGUGUGAGGGGCAGGUGGAGAUGAAUAUUUCUGGACAAUGGAGAGCUCUCUGUGCCUCCCACUGGAGUCUGGCCAAUGCCAAUGUUGUCUGUCGUCACCUCGGCUGUGGCGUUGCCAUCUCCACCCCAAACGGAGCAGAAGGAAGUGAUCGGCUCUGGAAAGCCCGAUUUCACUGCUCAGGGGCUGAGUCCUUCCUGUGGCAAUGCCCUGUGACUGCCCUGGGUGUUCCUGGCUGUUCCCAUGGCAACACGGCCUCUGUGAUCUGCUCAGGAAACCAGACCCAGGUGCUGCCCCGGUGCAACCGCUUUGUGUCUGAACCAACAGGCUCUGCAUCCUCAGAGGAGAGCGCCCCCUACUGCUCAGACAGCAGACAGCUCCGCCUGGUGGACGGGGGCGGUCCCUGCGCCGGGAGAGUGGAGAUCCUUGAGCAGGGCUCCUGGGGCACCAUCUGUGAUGACGGCUGGGACCUGGAUGAUGCCCGCGUGGUGUGCAGGCAGCUGGGCUGUGGAGACGCCCUCAAUGCCACGGGGUCUGCUCACUUCAGGGCAGGAUCAGGGCCCAUCUGGCUGGACGACCUGAACUGCACAGGAAAGGAGUCCCAUGUGUGGAGGUGCCCUUCCCGAGGCUGGGGGCGGCACCACUGCAGACACAAGGAGGACGCGGGGGUCAUCUGCUCAGAGUUCCUGGCCCUCCGGAUGGUGAGCGAGGACCAGCAGUGUGCUGGGUGGCUGGAAGUUUUCUACAACGGGACCUGGGGCAGUGUCUGCCACAGCCCCAUGGAUGGUGUCACUGUGUCCAUGAUCUGCAGACAGCUUGGCUGUGGGGACAGUGGAAGUGUCAACACCUCUGUUGGUCUCAGGGAAGGUUCUAGACCCCGGUGGGUAGAUUUAAUUCAGUGUCGGAAAACUGAUACCUCUCUCUGGCAGUGUCCUUCCAGCCCAUGGAAAUUCAGUUCAUGCUCUCCAAAGGAGGAAGCCUACAUCUCAUGUGCAGGAAGAAGACCCAAGAGCUGUCCAGCUGCUGCCCCCUGCACAGACAGAGAGAAGCUCCGGCUCAGGGGAGGAGACAGCGAGUGCUCAGGGCGGGUGGAGGUCUGGCACAGCGGCUCCUGGGGCACCGUGUGCGAUGACUCCUGGAGCCUGGCAGAGGCCGAGGUGGUGUGUCAGCAGCUGGGCUGUGGCCCGGCCCUGGAAGCCGUGCGGGCCGCGGCGUUUGGCCCUGGAAACGGGAGCAUCUGGCUGGACGAGGUGCGGUGCGGGGGCCGGGAGUCCUCCCUGUGGGACUGUGCUGCGGAUCCCUGGGGGCAGAGUGACUGCAAGCACGAGGAGGAUGCUGGUGUGAGGUGCUCUGGUGUAAGGACAACAUUGCCCGCGACUACAGCAGGUACCAGAACAACCUCAAAUCCUCUCCCUGGCAUCUUCUCCCUGCCUGGGGUCCUCUGCCUCAUCCUGGGAGCCCUUCUCUUCCUGGUCCUCAUCAUCCUGGUGACUCAGCUGCUCAGAUGGAGAGCAGAGCGCAGAGCCUUAUCCAGCUAUGAAGAUGCUCUUGCUGAAGCUGUGUAUGAGGAGCUCAAUUACCUUGUGACACCGAAGGAAGGUCUGGGCAGCCCAGGUUUCCUGUCAGAUGACUCACUGACUAAACGGCCGUAUUACACCAGAGAUGGUGAUGAAAACAGUGACUACAGACCCGCUCCAGGAAAUAGAGAUCUGAGGACUGAUGUCCCUGCUGAAAAUUACGAUGAUGUUGAAGAGGUCCCAGUGCCUGGAACUCCUCCUGCCUCUCAGGGGAGUGAGGAGGAAGUGCCCCCAGAGAAGCAGGAUGGGGUGAAGUCCUCGCAGACAGGCUGUUCUCUGAACUUCUCCAGAGAGGUGGCUGAUCCUGGGGAAGGAGGAGAGAGCCCUUGGCUGCUCCAGGGGCAGAAAGAGGACCCUGGGUACGAUGAUGUUGAAUUCAGUGCCCUGGGAACAUCCCCAGUGAUUUUCCCAUGAUGCUUUAUUAAAUAUGAGAUGAAGCCUCAGAUAUUCUAAUUGCCUGUAUUUCAAUAGAGUAGAGCUGACCUGUAAUUGUGUUAUGUGGAAAUUUCUCAAAAUUAGAUAUUCUGAAUAAAUUAACUUUUUGC